UAUAUAUAUAUAUAUCUAUAUCAAGGUCUAAGUAAAUGGCGCAUACAAUUUUAUCUUUCAAUUCUUUCUAUUUUCUUUAUAGGAUGAUUAUAUAUUGGCGCGUUGGUACAAUAUGAUUACAAAACGUACUUGUGAAUCCUCACAAAUUCUGUGAUUAAUUAAAAUAACCGCGCGUGUUCUUUUACUGUCGGAAACAGUCGAAGAAAACCGAACAUUGUCGAAUCAUUGCAGUCGACCAAUAUGCGUUGAUCGGUUAUCAUAUUCUGAACUUUUAGUCUUAUUGUUUUUAAACGAACGACAACGCGUGGUACCAACUUUUCUUCAUUUCUUUUCACCUUCUUCUUCUCCUCCUCCUCUAUCUCUUCUACCACCUUCUUCUUGUCCUCCCUCUCCUUCUCCUUCUCGGGUAACUUAUUAAACCGACUGUCAAAGUUGAUGAAAACGUUUACGUGAUACUACGUAUUAUAUAUAUAUAUAUAUAUAUAAGUAAAUUUUUAUCUGACGACGAGAAAAAAGUGCAUUUAUAAAUAGGUUAUAUGAGUAACUCAGUUGUCACAGGAUAUAAUCUCAUGAAUAAUUCUUAUGUCGGUCGGAAAAAUAGAAAUUCUGAUUUAUAGUCGUGCCGACGCUAAAGUGAAAUAUAAUAUGAAAAGAAUUAAAAGGAAAGGUUUAAAAAUGGUAAGCAAAUUAUCACACGAAUUCAGAAGAUACCAACGUAAUCGUAAUCAAUUAAGGCACAUUUUAGAAGAGACUCAACAUGUGCUUGAAGCCAUUAAUUUAGAAAAUUUUUUCCCUGGAGAAAAUAUCAUUGAACAAUUAUUAUCGCCAUUAACUUUAAACAGAAUUGUACAUAUUUUGGAAAAUUCUCCAGCUAUAGUUGUAUUCGGUCAAGACAAUAAAUCUAAAGCAGCUUUAAUAAAUAACUUAUUUUCUACUGAAGUAUUACCAGCGUCUAAUGGCUUAUGGAGGUGGAUCAAAUUUAGUCAUGAUCAUACGAAUCAUGCCAAUCUUACGUUGGGUCUUGAAUAUGAAGUUGUGGUAAAAUUGCAAGCGAAUGAAAAACCAUGGAACACAAUUCCAAUAGAAGAUUUGACCAAAUCUGGAAAUGAAGAUAUUGUUUGUCCAACAGUGCUUGAAGUCAAACUCGAUUCAAAUAUAUUAAAAGAUGGCGUUCAAAUUUUUGUAGUACCAAAUAAUGGAGCAGUUAAAAUUCUUGCAAAGGGAACCCUUGGAAUUUUACCAAUAUUUCUUUAUGCCUUGGGCGAUCAACCUUUGUCGGAACAACAGCUAGAAGAAUUAAGAGAUCUGAAAGAAACAUAUCCUUAUAAUCCUGUAUUAUUUAUAUCGUCGCUUGUAAAUAUUUCAUUAGAUAGCAUUAAUGCAGGAUUAACAGAAUCGGAACAACAUAGACUUCAAAGUACAAUACCUCCAUGUGAUUCUAAUCUAUCUAAAGAUAAAGAUGAUGUUGACUUUGAUAAAAUAAAUUCUCUUGGAUUAACAUGGCUAGAUCAAUUAACUAAUUUAGGAUAUCUUGGAAUGGAAGAAUCUGUUGAAGUUGAUCAAUUAACAUGGUUAGUUGGUGGUCAAUAUGUUAGCUCUAGCAAUAUUAUAAACUCGUCCAAGAAAAUGGAUAGAAUUUUGUAUUUUAUUAAAGGUUGUCUUCAAAGUUAUCUUGUUAAUGCAAGUAAUUAUUUAAAUGAAGUACAUACAACCAGUUUACGUAAAUUUAUCUUAAGUGCUUUUGAUAUGGCACGUCAAAUUCAGAUUACUCCAAGGAGAAUACAAUAUGCUCAACAAAAGGAAAAUGAAUUGUAUGCUAAUCUGAUGAAAAUUGUUAACGAUAAACAAGAAGAAUUAAUGGAAUUAAUAGAAAAUAUCAUUCAAGAAAUGAAAAAUGAUAUAUAUUUAUCAAAUGGAGAUUCACAACAAUAUCAAAACUUUCCUUUUGAUAAUAAUGAAAGAGCAGAAUGGUCAGUGACAGUACAAGCAGCCACCUCAGAAGUGCAAAGACUUGUACUUGGACGUUUGCGUGAAAAAGUAGCAAAGCAAUUGGUAAACUCUGUGAAAUGUUUGAGAGAAACAUUUAUAGGCACUUUACAACGGUGCCUAUUGAGUUUAGAAAAAAGUUAUGAUCAUGAAUCUUCUUUACUAGCUAGUGACGCUUUGAAACAAAUACUUUCUGCAGCUUAUAAUGUAGAACUUCAUAAUUCUUCGCCGUCUCUUGUGCAUUCUUUUCUAGAAAGAUUACGGCAACUUUUUAAAUCUCUUCCCUUGCCAUGGACUCCUACUCCAAUCUUGGAUGAAUCUUGGAGGAAAAAGGUUACUAUUGACGUUUUAAAUUCAUUAUCUGCAGCAAGAUUAUCAAAAACAAUUUCAAUGCAAUUCAGAGAUAAAUUAAAAUUGUCUCAUGAUGCAUUUCAAUCGGCCCUAAAGUCCCUUGAAAAUCAUUAUUCUGGAAAGUUAGAAAGAACUGAGGAACAAAGGAUAGCCAUUAGAAAGUGUCAUGCACCAAGAUUAGCUAGAUUAGCCUUAGAAUCCACAUCAAUGACUGAUGCUGUUCGUUUCGGUAUACCGCAUUAUGGUAAAGAAAUUGGUCGUGGUCAAUAUGGUGUAGUGUUUGCAUGCGAUGGUUGGGGAGGAGCUCCAGGACCUUGUGCAGUUAAAUCUGUUAUUCCACCUGAUGAAAGACAUUGGAACGAUUUAGCAAUGGAAUUUUAUUAUACCAGAUCGAUACCAGAUCAUAAAAGAAUUGUGAAAUUAAGAGGUUCAGUUAUAGAUCAAACUUAUGGAAGUGGAUAUGGAUUAGGAACUGCAGUUCUAUUAAUUACAGACCGUUUAAGUAGAGAUCUGUAUUGUGGAAUACGAGCUGGAUUGUCAUGGUUAGAACGUUUGCAAAUUGCAAUUGAUGUCUUAGAAGGGAUACGUUAUCUUCAUUCUCAAGGACUUGUUCAUAGAGACAUUAAAUUGAAUAAUGUCCUUCUUGAUACUGAAAAUAGGGCAAAACUGACUGACCUUGGAUUUUGUAUCACCGAAGCUAUGAUGUCAGGAAGUAUUGUAGGAACACCUGUUCAUAUGGCUCCAGAACUUCUAUCUGGACAUUAUGAUAGUAGCGUCGAUGUAUAUGCUUUUGGCAUUCUUUUCUGGCACAUAUGUGCUGGACAUGUCAGAGUGCCAUAUACCUAUGAACAGUUUCAUAAUAAAGAACAAUUAUGGACAAGCGUAAAGAAAGGCAUUAGACCAGAACGUCUGCCACAUUUUGAUGAUGAGUGUUGGAAAUUAAUGGAACAAUGUUGGGCUGGAGAACCUUCUAAACGGCCACUACUUGGAGCAAUUCUUCCAGUGCUUGAAUCUAUUCAACAAAGAGCAGAAAGAGGCAAGUCCUUACAACAACUCAGCGAAUUCAAGCUACAAGAAAAUUCCACAUCCGAAUCAGAAAAUCCUGCACUGGCACUAGCAGAACCUUAUAAUCAAAGGGGCGCCAUUGUUAGUCCUCCUACUGUUAAACGUAGGAAUUUUAGAACAGUAAAACCUCCUGUUUUUCACAUGACAAAUAUUUUUCAAACAAGUUUUUGUUCAAAUCUGUAUGUGCAAAUGCGGGAGUUUUAAAUAAUUUUAGUAGUUUGACCUGUUAGUUUAUUAUAAAACUUGAUGGUAGUUUCCCAUUUAAAUGCAUGAGAUGUACUUGAAAUAUAAUCCAUUGUUUUUGCAUUCAUUAAUUUGAUAUUUCUAUAAAUAGUAUUUUCUCGAUACAGUAUUAAUCUGGCAAAUAUAAUUAAUAAAUUUAUUUAUCAUGUCAGAUGCAAAAUACAUCUCUUUUAUGUACCAUUUUGUUUAUUUAGCUUUAUUAUUAUUAUUCAAUGAUAUUUUUUAAAUUGACUGAUUAUCGUAAACAUCUCCUGCCUUUAAAUAUGUUAUUUACUAUAAUAAAUGAAUAUCUGCUAUAAUAAAUGAAUAUUGAUAUCGAGUAGAAAAAAGAAGCUCUCUCUCUCUCUCUCUUUCUCUUUUUGUA